CGUACGAUUUCGCGGAAAAAAUGGAGUCAAGCUCGCAUGUUCAGUGUAUAUGAUACGUAAACUUCUGGGGUUUUGGCAUGCGGUGACGUCAUCCAGAUCGUUCUGGAAGAACCCUGCAGGACAAUAAUGGCGGAUUUGUAUGCUAAAUACAAUUGUACCUAUUGUCAAGAGGAUAUCUCGGGCCUACGUGUAAGAUGUGUAGAAUGCCCAGAUUUCGACCUCUGUUUGCAGUGUUUUUCCGCUGGAGCUGAAAUUGGUCCACACAAAAAUGACCACUCUUAUCAGUUUAUGGAUUCUGGUACCAUUAGUAUAUUUAAUGGCAGAGGAAACUGGACUGCUAGAGAACAGCUUAGACUUUUGGAUGCCAUUGAACAAUUUGGUUUUGGAAAUUGGGAAGACAUUAGUAAACAUAUUGAAACACGUACACCAGAAGAAGCAAAAGAGGAAUAUAUUGCCAGAUAUCUUGAUGGCAAUAUUGGGAAACACACAUGGCCUCCUACAGAAAGCUACAAACCAAAUCUUACAGAUCAAACUAAAUCAGAUCAUGGACCUCUAUCACCUGAUCUUACAUCUCGGUUACCUCCUUUGGAUAUCACUCCGGAGGAGGCUGCACAAUUGGGAUACAUGCCACAACGAGAUGAUUUUGAAAGAGAUUACAACCACGAAGCAGAGUCGCUUGUUUCUUCGUUAUUCUUGAACCCAGCAGAAGAUGAUGAUUUGGACAUAGCACUUAAACUUGCACAAGUUGAUAUGUAUACCAAUAAUUUAAGGGAGAGAGCGCGACGAAAAAGAGUCGUACGCGAUUACCAGCUUGUUUCCGCAUUUUUUGCUUCAUCUAGGAAAGAUAAGGCAAUGAAAAGAAAACAAUCGAAGGAGGAAAAGGAGUUCAGGGAUAGAAUGCGAGUAUUUGCACAGUUUUACACAGCACAGGAAUAUGAGCAAUUUCUAACAAAUCUAGAAAGAGAAAGGGAACUACGAUUACGUCUUUCUGAAUUAUAUCGUUAUCGAGAACAUGGUAUUACAAGACACGAAGAAUGCGCUCAUUUCGAACAAGUGAUGGCACAAACUCAGGGACAAAAUGAUGCUGUGGAUCACUGGAACGAAAAAAAAUCUGGCAGCAGUGGGCCGUCCACACCAAUACACCGCCACACCUCAAAAAAAAGAGAAGAAGAAAAAAAUUACUCUUCCAUCGACCGAAAGUACACUGUAAGAGACUUACCCAGCAGCAGCUUCUCAAUCAAUCAAAUCAAUCUCAAUCGGACGAUGACUCCAGCCAAUCAGUGGGUGGAGUCGGAUAACAAUCCAAAUUGUUCCAGCCAGCAUUCUACCAGCUCCAGCUCUGCCGCAGACAAGAAUUAUAUCACGACAACUUCCGGAAAAUCUUGCGCGACAACAGGAGACUCAGAGGAACGAGACAUAGAGAUGGAAGCAGCGGCUCAUCUAUUAACAAAACAAGAAAAGUCUCUAUGUCUUCAACUUGAUUUAAAACCAACGCAAUAUUUAACACAAAAAACUUUGUUGUUGCAGGAAUAUCUAAAUGGUAAUAGGAGAUCAAGUGUUGUACCUCAAUCGGAACCAGAGAGUAAGAUAUUACAUUAUCUGGUAGCAAAUGGCUGGAUUGCGGCCAACUGAUUAAACACAAAAAAUUAACGACCAUUUCAAUUCUAAGUCACCUUCUAUUUUGCAAACUAAGUCCUAGGUAUAAUUGAAAUUUGAGUCUGAUUUAAUUAACAUAUAUAAGACAGGUAGAGAGAGAAUGUGUGUGUGCAUAAUUUAUAAAAAUAUUUUUCUCCUUUCCUUUUCUUUUUCCUAGUUCAAGUGGAAAAUUUAGAGGAAUGUACUGAUGUAUGAAUUAGAAAUGAUGAAAAGAAAAAGUUGAUUGAUUUGUUCACUUCAUUACAUGAACUAAAGGAACACUAAUCUUGAAAUGACUUGAAUAAGAACAUUUUUUUAUUGAAUUUUAUUGUUUUUAUUAAGUUAAUAUCAUUUAUGACGGUUUAAUCGUCAAUCAUUGAUAUUCUUAAUUGCUUUUUAAAGAUUCAAGUAUUUUCAUUAUUACCGGAUCGUAUGAAAUACUUCCGCAAACGUCUGUACUUUAUUCCAAUGAAUAUUAUUUUAGAUUGUCGUUUAAUUAUUUAACAUUUUUUGUCGAGAAAAAUCUCUUACACUGCCUUUAUCGAGCCAUGAAUAUAUUGCUCAAUUAAUUCUUCCAUUGUCAAUGUUUUCUUCUAUAGAUUAUUAAUUGCACAUGCUCCUUUCUAUCUGUUUUAAAUGUGAUUUGUUACCAUACUUGACAAUAAGGAAGCGUAAGAAAGAAGUCACGUUAUAGUCGAGAUUUCUAGAUCGUUGUUUAACGCAACACUUAACACGAUUGAAACAUAUCCAUUCGGGAAUUUAUCAUCGAUUGAUACUUCAUGUAACGGUAUUUGAAAGUUGUCGGCUGGAUAUGUGUUGAAUUAUUUAAGUAAAAAGCACUUAAAAUAUUUAUAUAGCUGAGAUUCGUGAAAGUAUUGAAUAUUACUAAUUUAAUAAUAAGUAUAAUGUUCUUGAUAAAUUAUACAUAUAUAGAUAAACGUACAUAGAUACAUAUUUCUUCGUAUUCUCAAAAACUUGUCCAUUGAACGAAAAGGAUAUUAUAAUCGUCUUUCGCAUGCACGAUUCACGCGUAAAUCAAUGCAUUUUAUUCGAUAGAUUCUUUAAAUAAUUUGAAGGAUAUUCCUUAUUGAUAAAGAAUGGUACAAAGAGCAAGUUAUAAGAGAACAUUUGUUAUUAUAUGUAUCAUGAAGAUACUACGAUAUUAGAUAAUUUAUCUGUUGCCUCUA